AAAAAAGGGGGGAGAGACAGACCGCAGUUUGGUUGCGUGUGAUGAUAGGAGACACAAUGACGCUCUUGUCUCUUCUGGGUCGGAUCAUGCGCUAUUUUCUCCUCAGGCCGGAGACAUUGUUCCUUCUGUGCAUCAGUCUGGCGCUGUGGAGCUACUUCUUUCACACCGACGAGGUGAAAACCAUCGUCAAGUCCAGCCGGGACGCCGUGAAGAUGGUUAAGGGGAAAGUGGCGGAGAUGAUGCAGAAUGACCGGCUUGGAGGCCUCAGCGUCCUGGAUGCGGAGUUCUCCAAGACCUGGGAGUUCAAGAACAACAACGUAGCCGUGUACUCCAUACAGGGCAGGAGGGACCACAUGGAGGACCGCUUCGAGGUGCUCACCGACAUCACCAACAAGACCCACCCGUCCAUAUUCGGGAUAUUUGACGGUCACGGCGGAGAGGCUGCAGCUGACUAUGUGAAGGCCCACCUGCCCGAGACCCUGAAGCAGCAGCUGCAGGCCUUUGAGAGGGAGAAGAGAGAGAGCGCUCUGUCGUACGGCAGCAUCCUCGAGCAGCGCAUCCUGUCCGUGGAUCGCGAGAUGCUGGACAAGCUCUCCGCCAACCACGACGAAGCAGGGACGACGUGUCUGGUGGCGCUGCUGUCGGACAGAGAGCUCACGGUGGCCAAUGUCGGAGACUCACGUGGUGUGCUGUGUGACAAGGACGGGAAUGCUGUUGCGCUAUCACAUGACCACAAGCCGUAUCAGCUUAAAGAACGCAAGAGGAUCAAGAGGGCAGGAGGCUUCAUCAGUUUUAAUGGCUCCUGGAGAGUUCAGGGAAUCCUCGCGAUGUCCCGCUCCCUCGGGGACUACCCGUUGAAAAACCUCAACGUAGUCAUUCCCGAUCCUGAUAUCAUGACCUUUGACCUGGACAAACUGCAGCCAGAGUUCAUGAUCCUGGCGUCCGACGGCCUGUGGGACGCCUUCAGCAACGAGGAGGCGGUGCGGUUCGUCCGCGAGCGUCUGGACGAGCCCCACUUCGGCGCCAAGAGCAUCGUCCUCCAGUCUUUCUACCGCGGCUGCCCCGACAACAUCACCGUCAUGGUGGUGAAGUUCAAGAGCGGAGCUGGAGGGAGCAGCAAGGCGGGGGAGUAGGCGAGGGUCUGGUUUAGCGCUGAUCAGUAUGAUUUUUCCCCAUCUUCUGGGUAAAGCAGAAAGUACAAAAUCACAGGAAGAUGAAGGGAAGUUAGAAGAUGGACAAUGAGAACUGCACGCACACAUACAGACACAAACACACACACACGUAAAAAUGAGGGUCUGUUUUAUUCUAUUUAAAUUGAGAAAAGGGCAUUUAAAAACAAUGCAGAUAUUAUAACCGUCUGCUAGAAGAAAGACGAAUACAUGAAAGUACAGACGUUGAAGGCUGCGACACACUGGGGGAUUUGUCUCUUAACCAGCACACACCAGACUGUGAUUGCUUAACUACUGUUUACUGUACAUGCACACGAAUGGUACAGCUCCACUGGCGGCUUCUUCAGGGGAGGCUUCAACUCGUGCCUACUCAAGAAUUACUGUGCAACUUACAGGACGUUUCUGAAAAUGCAAUUGCAAAAACACCACCCAGCUUGCUGCGUUUCGAGGAUGCUCUAAAGUAUGGUAUGCGUCUAUUUCUGAGCAGGAAAAAUCAAUUUGUCAAACAUAAGAAGACCCCAGUGGAUCCUUACCUUUUAUUUAACUUGAAGUGAUGCUGCACCCAAAUCUAGCUUCUGAGUAUAGAACACUUCUGUAGACUUGAGAGGCGUUUUGUAUUUCGGCUGAGUUUGGCUUCAACUCUUGCGGGGUGCAACGGAUCGUAAAAGUCAUCACAGUGGGAAAAGGAAGAUUAAAUGUGGAGUCAAAGAGCAGAAGCUCUGAUUGAUUUGCUGUCAUGCAGUUUGACAUAUCAGAGCUGCCAUCACUGCUCUGUGGGAUUAGUUCAUAUUUAAGUGGCAUACUUUUUUUCAUGCAUCUUUAAAUUGAACUAAAAAACUCCUUUCAUCAUAUACAGACAGUCAAAAAGUAGAAAGUGUAAAUGUUGUAAGUCGGGUAACUGUGAGAACAUGACAGACGGUAGAUGUUGAAAUAACAAAAAUCUACAUUUAAAAGACUUUUUAAGGGACUUUAUUUUAAAACUUAAUCCCAAAUGUAUUGUUCAAAAAAGAUGGCAAGGAAAUAGAAUUUGUAAAUGGUAAUAUUAGUGAUUUAAUGAAAUGUUAAUGGCUGGAUUUAAUGCAUAUUUAAUUAUUCAUCGUAGGUCUUCCCAGUUUUCCCGUUUGUAAUUCUGCUGAAAUGUGCACAACUUAUGUGGAAUAAUUAAUAUAUAAUGUCUGCUGAGCUGUGCACAGCUAGAAAGCCGGCUGUCGUUAAUGUGAGUAGAACUGAUGGGCCCAGAACCAAAGAGGAAAGUGGAACCAUUGUAGUGGCGUUUCUCAGUGAAGGAUCUCUGACAGAACGAUUUGUGGAUAUUGUCAUUUCAUUGCAAAGAGUGAUAACAACACCAAAACUCUUCGUAGGCCAAAACUUCGUCGUCUUUCAAGUCUGCAGAAGGUGUGUUGUACUCAAAAAGGAAAUUAAGGGUGUGAUGCUCCUUCAACCUGCAACACACACACACAUGUACACACAAAUACACACACACACACACACACACACACAGUUCUGAAAAAAAAAUGAUAAAUGCACUUUUCAAAUGUUUAUUUUUUGGAAUGAUAAAUUCUUACAUAUCAGCCAAUCUAAUGCAAGAGGGUUUUUAAGUACGUAGAACCUGAUUUGGAACCUUAAAAAAAAAAACUCACCUCUCUGCAAGUUUAUGGAGCUAAUGCGAACUGUUCCAUCAAAGUGGUUUUUGCACCGUCUGUAUCAGGGCAUGUGCUUUGGCUUAUCCAUGUUCAUGAACAAAGUACUCACAGUGUGCAUCGGCGGCGACCGGAGGCUGCCUUCCACCUGGGAAGCACACGCAAAAAAAAAAACAGGACGUGCGACCGACAACAGACGCACUUCUGCCAUGAGAAACCAACUAAAAGAUGACUCAGUACGAACUGUACAGCUGCAGGCAGAAUGCGAGUAAUUAGAAACACGAUCUGCUCCUGAAGCAAUACAACUGGCGUCAUCGACAGCAACAGCCUGUCAAGGAAAGUUACAGUAAACCAUACUUGAUUUACUACUGUUUUUUAAGUUCAACUUUUACCACUGUGUACCAUGACCUUUCAUCAGCUGAGGGAAAUGAUAAGAUCUUUUUUUUUUUUUAACCUAAUGCCUUAUUUAUUAUUGAGUUUUUGGAUGUCUCUGGCAGAUUGCCAAAUCAGUAUACUGUAUAUUCUUUUCUUUUUUUGUCCUUCUGUACAUGAGCAGAGGUUUACAAUAAAAUAAAUACCCAUCACUUUACUGUGGGAAGCAGUCCAUGAUUCAUACAGGUUCAGUGGAUGCUCAGUGUAAAACAAAAAACAACAACAACAACUUGCUGUAUGUAAACUAUAAGUAUUAAACAAACUCUUUCAUCUGAACUGUA